UUUUAAAUCUUGCAUCCCAACGUGCGCUGAAAAUAGCUGCUGUUACCAAGGUACUUGUCAAAGUUAGGAGGAUCUCAACAUUCUUUCAUCGAAGCACAACUGGAGCAGAAGCACUGAAAAGAAACCAGGAACUCCUUGGCCUCCCCCUUCACAAGCUCAUCACGGACAUGCCUGUUCGUUGGAAUAGUGCCUAUGAGAUGAUCUCCAGGUUUCUUGAGCAACAGCCAGCUGUCUGUGCUGCCCUCUUAUCACCAGAGGUGAGAAAGAAUGUGACUGACUGUGCUCUGACAGAGAAUGACAUCUCAAGUGCUGAAGAGAUGGUGGAAGCAUUUAGACCAAUGCUUGUGGCAACAAAUAUCAUGUGUGAGGAAAAGAAUCCCACCAUUUCAGUGGUUGCUCCUCUUCAUGCCCAACUGCUGCGAGACACAACCAGCACUGAAGAAGAUUCCCCUCUGGUUCGAGAGAUUAAGGGAGCCAUCAAUCAAGACCUUUCAAAGAGAUAUCAAUCAGAGGUGGAAAAAGAUCUCCUACGCAUGUCCUCAGCCCUGGACCCUAGAUUUAAAUCCCUUUUAUUUCUGUCACCUGAAGAAGUGCAAGACACUUAUGCAAAACUACAGUCAAAAGCUGCAGCUUUAAAAGAGGAUGAUCCAGUGCCUUGUGGUGAUGUUCAGGGGGAUUUAGAGGAAGAGGAGACCUGCACAGCAAAAAAAAGAAAGUCUGCACUUGUUGAUCUUCUUGGUCAGACCUUCAAGAAGACCUCUUAUGUCUCUACAUCAGCAACCUCAAUUGCAGAGAAGGAGAUAAAACAAUAUCAAGAUGCUCCUUCUCUGCCUCUCACUGAAGAUCCACUGUUGUGGUGGAAAUCUCAGCAACAUGUGUUCCCUCUCCUUUCCAAGCUGGCCCAUAUGCAUUUGUGUAUUCCUGGGACCAGUGUAGCAGCUGAGAGGGUCUUUUCAACUGCAGGAGAUAUUAUCAGUGCCCAAAGAAGUUCACUCACUCCUGAACAUGCUGACCAACUCCUCUUUCUCAAGAAAAAUAUGAACAUAUAAAACGCAUCACAUGAAGCUGUUUUCUAUUUUGUUCUGAAAAAUGUUUAUUUUUGAAUGCACUUUAAGUUAGGUACAUUUUAGAUGUACUUUAUCCCUGAUAUAUUUUAUUUUUUAUUUGAAAGCAGUAGCCCAAAGGUUUAUGUUUCUUGCACUUAAUAGUGUCACUGUUCAUGUUUAUGAAGGACAAUCAUAUAGUAUUGUUUACACUGAAUCUGUCCUCAGCCUUACAGCUGUUUUGCACCCAAAUGGUGUCACCGUUUGUCGAAGACAUAGUAUUACUACUGAUUGCAGCAAUGUUACACUAAAAUAGUGUCUGUGACUGUUUUGUUGCAACUAAGUCACAACUUGUUUUUGUUUCAUCCAAAAAUAAAUAAAUGGAGACUCAUUUUACUAAUUAAAAAAAAAAAA